AUAGAAUCUACGUUCUCUAUAUUUUGCCAGAGAAUGUUAAUGGGAAGUGAAAAUAAACAUCUGUUUGGCAUUCCAUCCACUUAAAAUUAAGAAUAAGCAAUCAGCUGAUUUGACGACACCACCUUGUAUAUAUCAACAUUGAUUAAAAUAUUUACUUGUUUAUAAUGUUAAUUAGAAAUUUUUCAAAAUGUUUUAUGUUUCGCAUCAUACGACGUCCAUUUAUCAUAUUUGCAACGGAACAAACAAGGAUACCAAAUCAGAAUGAAAAUAUCUGUAUUGACAAACUCUUACGGUCAGAAAUAUUGCUUUCAGAAGAAAAUAAACAGCGCGCCAUGCAAUGUAUGAAGAAAACACCACAUAUUGGAUUGAAGUUGGGACAAACUACACGAGAGAAGUCAUUCGCCGCUGUUCUCAUAUGUCUCUGCAAAGAUGAAAGGGGUGAAAUCUCUAUACUCUACACCCGGCGCUCUAGUCGACUAACUCGGCAUGUUCGACAAAUAUCCUUUCCCGGGGGACUGAAGGAUUCUGAAGACAGUGGUUUUAUAGACUGUGCUUUGCGUGAAACGGAGGAGGAAGUCGGUUUAACUCGAAAGCGAUUAAAUGUUUGGGGAUCAGGCACUCUCAUAACCCCACCACAUACUGCUGCCAUCAUGCCUGUUGUGGCUGCGGUUAAUGAUUUUAGUUUACAAGAGUUAAAACUGAAUGCGGAUGAAGUUGAAGAGGCAUUUCUUAUAUCCGUCAGAGAGCUGGUACAUCCCAAAACAUUAAAGCAUACACAAUUUAAGGGAGGGUGGAGUACCCCUAAUUUCGUUGUUGGACAUAAAAAAGUGUGGGGCAUUACAGGUUUCUUAACAAACAUGUUUCUAAGAUGCCUUAUUCCCUUUGAUUUAAAUAGACUUAAACAUCACGCAAAAUAUGUUCGUCCUUUUAAGCACCAGCAUUAAUUUUCAUUUCUUCUAUAUACAGUGUCGGACAAAACAUAUUGGACUCAUAUUUACGAAUUACAUUAUUAUCUCCUAUUCUCGCAAUUAUCAUUUUCAAUGUAUUUUUUUUAUUUUCUCUAAGUAUUUUUGAAUCGUCAUGCCGUGUUGUAGCUUUGGGCCGUCCUCCAUGAUGGUGAGUUUUCAGAGUACUACUUUCCCUAUAUUUUUUUAAAAUGAAGCUGUUGAUUUAUUGACAUAAAUGUUGUUACAAAUGUAUUUUUAUGAUAAAUCAUUCUUGUAGUCUUUUUUUAAAUAAACUGAAUAUUUAUUUCCAGUCAUGGCCAAGGUUUGUUUAUGCAAGUAUCUUAGUUAAAUUAAAAGCAUUAUCGUUGUUCAAAUUGCGUAAACAUUGCAAAAUCGUCAUAAAAUAACCUAAUUAUAGUCGCCUAACGCUAUUAACUGCAACCAGUUCAAUAUGUUUUGUAGCAAUGAAUGCUGCGUACUUGUAAUUUCUUUCGUAUCAAAUUUAAAAUAUUAAAAAUAAUUAAAUAUUCACUAAAUAAAUAAUUAAUCGUUACAUUUAGGUACCUUUUUAUUUCCAAAAUUGUAAUGUUGAGUAUACGAAAUAUCUUUAGCAUUCGUUGCCAUCAGUCCAGUUUUGUAAUCAAAAACAUAUUAUAUUUCUCUGAUAUUGUGAAAGUUUCAUAUAUUUCAAAGUGUAUAUACAAGUAUGAAUAAAAAUAUCUGAUCAAAGUUUGAUAUAGCUAACAUCCCGCGACUAGUCUUGCAAAUUUAAAAUAAAGGCAGCAUAUUAAAUGCAAUGUUCAA